ACACACACACACAUGCACGCACGCACGCACACACACAUUAAAGCCUUUCUUUCCAUGGUCCUCAGACCAGAGAGGGUGGAUGGAGGCCAGAAACAGAUCAGAGAAAAAAAACACAGGUCAAUACACUCUCCUCCAGCCUCACACUUUCUCACACACACAUUCUCGCACAAUUUCUCGCACCAGGCUCAGGUGGUUUUGGGGCGAUUUCAUGGUUGCUGUUUUAUUGAUGGUUCCCGUCAAACAUGAAACGCGUCUUUUUCCCAACCUAACCACACACACACAUGCACCGCCUCUGGGCUGUCAUUCAGGACAUACACAGACAGCCAGAAACAAGCGGUUGGCGUCAGCUGCACCGGGUCUGCAAGUCAAGUCAGGUCCUGCUCUCAACUACACACACGUUAACGCACUUAUCUGAGAUCUUUACGGCGUGCUGCACCCUCCACUUAGCACCGCUGUAAAGGUCUUCCUGAAGUCAUACAAGAGGAGCAUCUUCAAAGAGACGCACACUCAAACACUGAAGAGUCACACAGACUUCUGAGCGGACUUAAUCAUUUCACAUUUGGCUUCAAAGAGACUGUUUAAACACACGCUUGCUCACUGUCUGAAAGCACAGCAUGGGUCCUGUCCGCCUUAAUAGUCUCUCAAUUCCGCUUAAUCCGGCAUCUUUGAGUACAGCUGGUGAUAAUUGGGAGCACAUUUCCUUCCUGGUGCGUUUCUCGGUCAUUUGUGUGCGCACACGCCCCUCGUAAACAAAGAGGGAAGGUAUCAGUGUCCUGGACAAUAAAAAAACUUUUUAGUCAUACGAUAACGAACAGAAGAAUUUUGUUUUGCAGCAUUCAUUGUAAUAAUUUUAAAGCUCCUGUGAGAAACUUUUGGUUUGGGUCUAGUUUGGUGCCCCCUGUGGACAAAGUAGUCAUAGCAUAUCUGGUUUUCGACAUGCUUGAACAGCAUCACCUGACCAGGGUUAAUUUUGUUGGCGAAAAUUAUUAUGACAAAUGUUCAUCAAUGACUCUUUUUAUGACAAAAAUGAUAGGAUGGCAAUCUAAAAUACAUCACUAGUGGCAAAAACUCAGAUGAAUUCAGGUUUUGCUUUUUGUUAAUGAGUCAAUGACAAGACAUUUUUGGUCUGCGGAUCUUGGUCUGCGUUUUAAUCCUCUCUGCCUCUAUGCAUUUUUCUUGUUUUCAUAAACUUUUCCUGCUUCAUUGUAAGCUAUUAGGGUGACACCAGUUUAAUAUUUGAGUUUUUUCCACUACUGAUGUUUUCCCUGUUUAGAGAGCAAAUUUAACAAGAAUUUUCUUAGCAAUAGUUGACAAUAAAAUCACGUGGCUGAGAGAGCAAUAAACAGUCAACAGAUUUGGUCCAAAUUUAAUCGCACUAAAUCGAACCUCUCAUGGUCAGAAGUACAGAUCUGGAUGAUGAGGUUGAGGGUUCAUUUUCUCUGUCAGGCACACAGCUCAGUCAAACUCAAACUGGCCUGAGCUUUAGCACAUGCAUUCGUUUUUUGACUGUCUUUAAAUAUAUGAAUACCGAGGUCACAGUUCAGCUCAGAGUUCAGCCCCAGUUCAAGGUUCUGCUCCCAUCUCUCCCAUAAUGAUGUUACAUCUUUAGAGCAUCUCAUCUUCUGUCCUGAGGAGCUCUUUGCUGCGACCUUUAACCUUCUGGAAGGUGACCGCAGGUUGACUCUUCCCCUUCUCUUGGGGCUUGUGUAUUGUCUCAAAUGUCACCUGAACAUGUGUGUAUGUACAGAGAAUGCUCAGCCUGCUGCAUGAACACACAGAUAUGUAGAGUGUAUAAUGCAUACAGCGGCACACAUGAAUGCAGAUAAUAAAUACCUGUAGUUGUCGCCGGCGCACACAUUCUGCACAUUCUGGCCAUACAGACUCUGGCUUUUAAGGCGCCUCCUGAGACACGAGUCUUAUAAUUAUGCCGCUGGAACAAAGAGAGGUAAACACAGCAGCAAACAGUUUGUUAGAAGUUGAAGUCGUCUGAGGAGUGUUUGCAUGUAGACCAGUGAAAAGACAUCAUCUGUUGGUAGAGAGUAUUUCUCAGUGCUUUCAGAGCUCAGCCCAUCCAAACACAGCAGAUGAAUGUCCACUAAUGGCUCUGGUCAUGUUCAAGGUUUCUGUCUGUUAAAAAAAAAUCAAUCCAGUUAUUGGAGUUGGCUGUACUCUCAGUGCAUUUACAAGUUGUUCAAAUAAAUCAAUAUAUUGAGUUAGUUCUACUGAAACCAAACUUUUAAAACACAUUUAAACAAGCUAGUCUGACAGAAAUCGCACUGAAUCACACUUCUCACAAACGAACUAACACGCCUAAAAAAAAACGCAGUUGAUAGUUUUGGUGUGACAGCCCAGCAGUAAUGAUCUAAAGAGGGGGCAUAUUAACACCUCCUGCUAUGGAGGUAGACACGCUUUUGUCAAUAAACUGGUUGUCCUCUAGUGCCUCUAGACUUGGACAAGGACAGUAGCCUAGAUUUAUCACUUAAUCAAGCUAUGACUGUAGCUUAACUAAACUGUUCUUGUGAAUCUGACUCUACCUAAGUUUUCUGCCUUUGGAAAGAAAUUCUUCCUCACUACUUUGCUGACUCAUAGCUGAAUUACAGUUGGGUCUUUUUAAAUAGUAUUAAUUAAUAAAGAGUUUGGUCAUGAACUGUUCUUUAUGUCAAGUGUCGGAGGUUGGACGUUGGGGUAAGAACCUCCUUGUCUUUUAGUUUCACUUAUACUGAAUAUGCAAAGGAUUAUUUUAUAAUUCUCACACUAAAAGAUCAACAGCUCAUACUAACAUAGGUGCCAGACAAAGUGAGUAACAGCUCACUGUAGAAACAGACUUUGUUUACAUUUUGCACUGCAUAAAUUUACAUCUGACAACUGACAGCAUGAUAAGAUUAUUCAACUCUUAAACAUCAAUCUUCUGACCCUCCAGCUUUUAUCUGAUGAUGGUCUGUGUCCAGGAGAAAGGUCUCACCUUUGAGAUUUAGCUCUAACCACUGAGGAGGAUGGAUGACCUUUUUAUGCUGCCAUCACUGACUUAGAGAGAGAAGAGUUUGAAGUUGUUAAACAUUUUCAGAGAGAGGAUUUUAGCUGCAGUUGCAAACAGAUGAUAUCCAUUUAGAGAUAUUAUGAUGGCUUCAUCUAACUUAUGUGAUUACUCAUGGAUUAUAUGAGCCUGGUGUUGCCAAAACUAUCAGGACACGCACUUUUAUUCUAUCCUUUAGAAAUCUUGACAAAGGUUUCCUGAUAUUCAUUCAUUUUUAAAAAGCUCUUUAAACUAAGCGACCAAUUAAAAUGGUUUACUUAAAAUGACACCAUUCGUGAAAGUCAUCAUUUCUAAUUAAAAGCAUCACCCCCUGCAGAGAGGCCUGAUUCACUCAUUACUUACCUCACAAUGGGACAUCUCAUCUGAAUACAGUUUACACAGAGCACAGUUCACAGUGGCAGACUACGAACACACAAGGCUCCAGACUGACCGACCUUGGAUUUCAUCAGAGGGUUGGAUCUGCAGAGGAUUCAAAUCAAAGAUGAAGUUUUAAAACUAAUGUGAAUGACAGGAGUAAUCCGUCAAAAAUGAAUCUUAUUUGGACAAAUGUUUUGGCACUGAUAGCAUCUGAUUUGUAUCCUGUUAACACUCCUCUUUACACACACACACACACACACACACACACACACACACACACACACACACACACACACACACACACACACACACACACACACACACACACACACACACAGACACUCAGUGACACUAGCUCACUGAAAGCUCUGCUGUUUACUUUGAAAGGCUCACACCUGCUGUCAGCCUCAUGAUUGAGCCUUAAAACUUUUGAGCACAGACAACCAGCCUGUCAAUCCAGCCUGUUGUCAGGAGGACAGUAAAUUACUUAUCCUUCAUGUCUGUGCUGAAAAACCUGGAUAAACCAAAGGUCUCUUUCACUCUUUGGUUUUAUAGUGUGAAGUUGAUGAAAGGUUUGCCACUUUAAGACUAAUGUUAGACAGUUAUCUGCUGCUGCUGCUGCUGCUGUAUUGGGUUUAGAGGGGGGAUGGAGGGAGUUGCAGACAUAGAGAGACAGACAGAGGUGAGACUGAUACAUGUAGUUGAAGCAGCAAGUCCAAAACAGCAAAAGGUCUGCAGCAGCGAUCCAGAGGAACCAACGGGAUGAUGGAGCUCAGGGAUUUUCAGAAAAGACUGUGUUUUAGUGACUUUAAUAGGAAAUGAUGAUUCAAAGUAAAUGACAGACACAAAGAGGAUGGGAAAGGUGCUCAAAAAAGACAAUUUAAAGGACCAGUUUAAAAUGUUCGUCUGGAAUAUUUGGCUACACGUCUCAACAUGCUUUCUCAGGUUUAUUGGCAAAAUUUUGUUGGUCGUGAUGAAGUUUGUGCACAGGAAAAAGAGGAAACGUUCAAAACAAUCCCUUGAAAAAUGAUUCUUCAGAUAUCAAAAUUUAUUUGAGGAAUGACAAACAACAUAAUUUCAUGCUUCUAUUGCAUGAAACUUUACAUUUUCCAAAAUUCUUUCCCAGAAGUUGCUUUAAUUUGUAAAUUAUUUAACAUCUUAUUAUUAUUCAUACCUUUGCAAGUUACUCAAUGGGUUUGAGGGGUUUGAAGAACUGAUUCAGGUUUGUAACCCCCAGGCUACUUAAAGCCCAGAGUUAUGAAGAUAAAAUUAAGUACUAGUCGACAUUAUUUUGGACGGGCUAGAACAGGUACUGUUAUGCAACAAUCUUAUGGUCCGAGAAAACCAAGUACAGACAGAAGUGAAGGGCUUAAAAAACGCUGCUCAGGACUACCUUCAGUGCACUAGUGCCCCUGACCCUCAAACAGCUUGAUUACGCCCCUGGAGUUAACUAUAACAAUAGUGGGAAAAAAGAUUGAUAAGAAAUACUUUGGAAAUAAGAUGUGGGUGUUUUUUUUUUUUUAUGUGGGUCAAGAUGGAAACCAGAGAGUUCAAAGUCUUCAGCUGGCACGCCAUGACAAAUACAAGUAGCACAACCACAAACAAACAGAGACCAAAACAUCCUGACUGACAAAGGGUGAAUCUCAUUGUAGGUUAGACUCAAGUCCUGCCCACACCCUGAACUGGCACAGUGCCCACUAAGACAAACCAGUUUUUUUCCACUUAAUGAGACAUGAGGAAGCAUCAAUCACUCAGCUAUCAUCAGAGGGAGACGCUGCCAACUGUGACAGAAUUUAGGGAUGAUCUAGUCCAGUGCAAGUGACUUUGGGUUGUAUGUUUGAGGAUAUUAUACUGAGAUAUGUAAGGUUUAACAGUUCAUCGGGGUUUUAAAGGGUUUAAUUGUCCAGCAUUCAUUUAAAUAUGUGUAUGUCACAGUUACAGGAAGUUAGGAUUAUUAGUGGUAGUAAAAUGGUGACAUCAUCGAUCUCAUUCAUAUUUACGGGCACUGAGGAGUGAGCACUGGAUGACUUUAUAUUGUCUCUCUCUAAUCACAGCUUGUAGCUUGUAACAGGAAAGUUUUGUGAGACCCGUCUGUAAUCACCUGUCAACAAGUUCCUCCUGUCUACACACACAUACACACGCACACAUACAGAUGGUAUGAGCGACAAAGGCAUCUGCCAAAACAUUAACUCAUGGUAGAAGUCAUAAAUCUUUCCGUCUUUACAGCCUAACCUUUAGGAGAGGGAGACAUCCUGACGCCAGGGCUGUGUGUGACAAAUGCACACCUACGCAUACGAGUGUAUGUGUGUGCAAAGAUAUUCAGAAUUUCACAAAUACACAGUCUGACUCAGAGUACAAAUGCACACUAACUGUGAGGUGGACAAUACAGUGAAGAUAACAUCUGCAGUAAAUAUGUUAAUUAUGUCUGUAAAAUUUCUCAAAAAUUUUCCACUCUGUUUGGUCUGAGGAGAAUGUUUUUAGGUGAAUACACAUCUGAAGAUUUCUAGCUUUGAUUAAUUUUUAUGUUUAAGUGUUAAAGCAUGAAGAAAAACAUACAUUUUGAAACAUGCUUUCAUGUUUGCCUUCAGAUAUAUUUUUACCUUACACUUCAGGACGAUGCUAUACUUUCUCAGUCGGAUCCAAAGUCUUUGCUCUCAGCUGGAGGUUGCACGCAAGAGAUAUAAACUGCCAACCGCCAGUGCACAGCUCCAAAGAUAACAAGUCAACUUAAGUCGAGCCACAAAUUUUCCUCUCCUGAGCGUAUAAAUUUCUCACAUAUCUGUCUUAAUGUCUUCCUGUUCUCCUUGACUUGUUUCAACACUUUUUAUAAUCCAGGCCUGAGGAUUUGUUGCCACAUAAAGUUGCAUAUUUUUUGUGUUUGCUCAAUAAGUUUGUGACUCAUAAGCUUCAAACCAAACAGGAUGCAAAGGUGCAAUGGACUUCUUUACAAUUGUUGAGGCAAUGCUGGGCUGAUCAAAAGCCAUACAGGUCAUGUAGCUUGACUGUUUUCAAUUAAAGAGGGUCAAACAUUCCAGUCACAUUUUUUAUAAAGUCAGUACUUUAAAUUCAUAACCCCAGCAAUGGGAUUAUUUUUAUAACAUGUUUCUUCAUUUAUAUUGAAGUGGGGGGUAUGUUUACCAUUGUGUUGCACCACCUCCUUUUUCAACAAAACUCUGUAAACUUUUGAAAACCAUAAGGACCAACUCCAGGAGUUUUCACCAUAAAGUCUUCUCAGACUCCUUUACUGCAAAGCCAUGCUGUUGUAAUAUGCACAAAAUUCAGUUUGGUACCUUCUUGCUGGUUUAUGUAAGGUUUUCCUGUAAGGCAUUGUCUGGAAAGCAGCAUAUCUUGCUCUAAGACUUGCAUUGUUCUGUAUUAACAGUGCUUCACUGAAUGUGUAAAAUAGCCAUGCAAGAGCACUUUGCCUUCCUGUAACAUCAGGGAUGCAUAUUUUUUGACUGUGCCCUGACAAUAAGCUGGGUGGUCUCUGUCCUAUUAAGUCCAUGAUUUCCAAAAAGAAGUAAAACUACAGGAGAGUUUUUGAAUUCAAAAGCAUUUCUGGAUCACGUUUCUAUAUGGUUUCCUCCUCGCAUGCUACAGAUUUGACAUACAUCUGUGGAUUCAGCAACAAACCAUGUUUACAGACCAUUUUUAGAAAUGAUUUUGAGCCUAUGUAGUGACUUCCACUACAGACUCAUACCUGUUUUAACUCAGUGCUGCCUCAAGGCAAAGAUAAUGGCUAUCCAGUAUCAUAUAAUGCAGCCUUGCCUUUUGCACAGUGAUUUCUCCAAAUUCUCUGAGUCUUGAAAUGAAAUUAUGCACUUGAGACAAUUAAAUAUCUUCACAAGUCGUGCAAACAUUUCUCUGUAAUAACUAAACCACAUCCUCAGUAAGUCUCUCAUAGAAUAGUUAACCUCUUUUCAUCUUUGCUUUAGAAUGACUUACCCACUCAGUAGUGCUCUGUUAUAGGAUUUAGGAUUUAUUUUAUUUAAUACAGGGAUGAUACAUAUUAACAAACCUAUACAUUUAAAUAUGCAAGAUUAUAGCCAAAGGCUAAUCUCCAUCUUUAGUCGCUUCAGCAGGUAGAUGUCAGCAACAGAGAUAAUAAAAUCAAUAAAACAACAGUAACAACAAGUAGCUAUUAUGAGCAGGAGGAGUAAUUACAGGGAGAGAAAAUGUGUCCUUGAAAACACAGUAGUACAGAAAAUAACAACAGAAAAGCAAGAACAAUGAGAAUGUAGUGGAUCAUGAAACAUAGUAACAACUGCUAAAACUAGAUGCCAAAGGGCUGUUUACAAAUUUAGGUUGUGGCAACAGUGUUUUAGUUCCAAUAGCCACGCUUUAAGAUGUAUACACAGCCCUGAACCUGUUGUAAAUUAAUGUAAAUGGUUGGGAGUUAUUCAUCCAGAUGUUUGUGUGCAUUCAAUUUUUUUGUCUCAACUGCUUUGAAACAUGUGCUGCCAUAAACUUUAAAACAACAGAAUAUUUUUCAACACGAUUAUUUUUACAUUAUUUUCAAUUAAGUACAAGAUUUAAGUGCUUUGCAAGCCAUCAAAUAUUACUUUUAUCAACAUUUUAAGCAGCCUCCCAAACCCUAUGUAACCAGGGUUGUAGCUUUUUAUUUAAAAGUGUUAGAAAACCGUGUUUGCUUUAACUGCAGAACUGAUUGUAAAAGAGUAUUUCUUUUCAUUCAAUAUCUUAACUUUUUCAUAGAUAGAGACCUGAAUUUCCUACCAUUAAAAUUUGUGCACGUGGGCUCGCUUGAUUAAUAUGGAGCCUCAGCUGGUAGAUGGCGCCAUCUAGUGGCAGCGACGAGCAAAAGCUUAAAAGGCAACCAGUUGACAUCUAUUUAUUGAAGGAAUCUUCUUCUACUGAUUGUAUCAUCUGUAGGGUUAAAGUUGCUAAAGCCCCUCCUGUUUUUUCUGCUUCCAGUACAUCAUUAGUACAUUUUAGCUAUAGGCUAUAUUUUACUGAAGGUUUAUGCUCUCAUGAAUGUGGAUUAUAAAGAAUUAUCGGCCUGAAUAUUUAAAAGCUUUCUGCUCGGUCUGUUUAUCUAAAGAUAGCUGUCUCUCUCCAACACCAACCACACAUGCUUACCACAGACUGUAUAACGCUUACACACAGAGAGACAACAACCCUUCUUCAGACCAGCCCCGUUGCCUAGCAACGCCCUGCUGAGUGGCCCAGGGGGCGGGAACAAGGCGCUUGGCUUCCGCACUAAUUACAGUACGUGUGUAUGUAGUAUUUGUAUGUUUCUGGGCCACCCCAGGUGUGUGUACGUGUGCUUGUGUGUACAUGUGUUCAUGUGUAUGUGUGUGUGUUAGACUAAUACAUGUUUAGAGAUGGGGGAUUACUUUCAGUAUCAGGACAGAAAAGACAGGAAACAGUGGGUGUUUGUGUUUGUGUUUGCAGCAUUCACCAGUGAGUUGUAUCACUUCUGCUGAGGAAAAGUUAGACUAGAAACUUUGUAAGUUCUGACAGGGAAAUGAUUUAGUCCCAUGAAAGUAGCAUAUCAUUGAUGAACAACUUCCAGCACCAUUUUUGCUUUCUUUGAUACUCUGUUAGCAGGGGUGUUCUAAAGGGGGGGCCGAGGUGACAUCAGUCCCAAGUACUUGGAUUCUUCUUUGUCGUUUGUUUUGUGAGUUUAUUUAGUAUUUUAGGGCAGAUAUUUUCUGUAUUAGUUCAUAAAAUUUAAGAUGAAAAGCUUUGUAGGGUUGCAUCUCUCUUAAUGCUCAGCAAUAAGUGUAGGAAAGCUUAUGUUUCUUACAUAAUCCCCCACAGGGGAUGUGAGAAGUAAAUUUGUAAAUGAUAAAAUUGUACAAAGACAUUAUUUCACACCUUCAAAAUGGGAAAAUAAGUGUUGGAGAUGCAAUAAAAUUGUUGGUACAGUUCCCUGUACGAAUGAACAGAUCUAGUUAUUGUCAAGAAAUGUGUAUACAUGUCUGUAGGUGCAUUUACUUUGCCUCUGCUUCUCAGUCUUAAUACUUUUCCUCUGUGCGAUGAGCACAUCCUCAGUAAGCAGUCGGUUAAUGAUGUUUUGUUCUGUGUGUACCAAGGAUGUGACUCCACCCAGCUGACGUCAACAGGCUUAGGAAGACUUUUUCUGAUGGAUGAGACAGCAACGGAGGAGGAGAGACCACAGCCUGAGACAGUACAGGCUUUCUGCAUUAACAUAUAGCCCUGUUUGCUGAGAUGAAUGUAACACAAAACUGCUCCACAGGGAAUUGAAAGAGAUUUUGAUGCAUGAGAGUAAGGCAUGACUGCUUUGUCAGACUGAAACAGUAACUUCUCCGUGAGAUUAAUGCUGCACUAACUAAUGACCUUUCUCAGUUAACUUUUCUGCUGCUCAUAUACUGCUAGGCGAUCAUAACUAAAUGCUUUGGCUUGAAUGCUAAAUAGAAGCAGAAUCAAGUGUGAUUCGCCAUUAUUAGCUAACUGAACUAAAAACCUAAUGACAGUUUCAUCAGCAAAAGUGACAGCAGAGAGGAGUCUGGCAUGUUUCACCUCUGCCUGUGGACACUGUGGCAAAAACAGCUUCUAACAGCAACCUAAACCGAAGAUCCUCAUUUUAUAAAGAUUUUAAUUUGCUUGACAACCCACUCACUGUACUUAUGCCUUACAUAAGACUUGAGCUGAAGACUACUACUCCAGUAUUUAUACUACAUCCACAAUAAAAAAUAAGGCUGGAUUACAUGCAUGGUGCCUAGUUAAAUAGAAUCAUAGUCAUUUAUUAUGGACAAAACCCAGCGACGUUGCAAAGACUAGUAAAAUAGAGGUGUGUAGCAUAUGGGAAUGAUAUCAGCUAACUCCUGUAUGAGAGACAUUUUUCUUAAUCCUCAAUUUUUGCGGCUAUUUUAUACAUAACAGAAUAAAAAGAGGAUAUUCUCUCCAUGCUGCUCAGCCACAGACAGGCAUCAGCCACACACUAACUGAAUACUGCAAAAAUGUGUGUUAGGGUUAUUCUGUUAGUGAUAAAGUUUGUUAUAAUUAUUGAUUAAGGCAAAAUAUAUUAACACACAUUGCUAAAAAUGGCUGAUUUCAUAAAAGCCAAAGUGGUUAGGUGAAUAGCCAUUUAGGAGCCAAAAGGGUCAGCUCUUAUUGCUGAGCUUAGAUUAUCUGGAUCCUAGACCGUAAGGUCCCAUCGCUGCACUGAAAUCGUGCAACUAAUUCAACUAAUGCUAACAUUUAUUCUUGCUGUGCUGAGACAGUGGAUUUAUCAGGACUUUGGACUUACUUUGACAUUGCUGAAAUUGUUUCUCGAUUUGAUCUAUCACUAUGAUACUAACACUAAAAAGCCUUAUGCACUGUUAAAGUAGCUGAAUUCUUGGCUCUUAUCUCUUUAAAAACUGCAGUCAGGGUUUGGCAUUAAAGCUCGAUUAUAAACUUGUUAUGGUAAAAACCAAAAAUUAAAAAAAACAGGAUUCAUGAAUCUCAUUUGUUUUCUGCUAAUUUCUUUCCACAUUUCUACUAAACGACUCCCCAGUUGUCCUCUUUUCCAUUUUUUCUGCUUUUCCCUCCAGGACUGUCACCCUGUGACACCACAGUGCACACUGAGUGGAAACAAACACACACGCACGCACACACAAAUACACACGCCUCCUUUUCCCGUUCGCCCAACCCCCCACAACACAGAAGUCACCGCCCUUCCCUCUCGCUCUCACACCAACAUGACUACCAAACAGCUCCGCUUCAACCCGCCCGACGCAGCGAGGCAUCAUGGGAGAUGUAGUCCGGGGCGCCCAAUCCUGUUCGAGAAGGCGAGGCUUCACCAAAAUACAACUCCCAUCUCGACCCUCGCACGCCGAGCCCCGUCGUCCAAUCUGAAUAUGUGGGAGGAGCGCGUCCGCCCACAAAAGCCACAUCUAUCUGCCAGUAUCUCCACCAUAAAAAAAUCAAUUGUGCACGAAAAAAAGAGGAAUACGCGUGAAAUACAAUCUGUGGUGACUGUUUGUUUUCGGUGUACGACGGACGGCGACGAGGCGUCCCCGCGUCGUGUGGUGAGAGAAACGGCGGCGACAGGCAGGAGCAGCGAGAGGGUGUUGUCCUGAUGCUUAAAUGGAAGUGGGUGGGCCUCUACGGUCACACACUGCCAACUUCUCUUUGGAUAUCUUUCUGACAAGCGCAAAUUUUCUCGUUUAUGGACUGCUUAUCAGCUAAGAGAGACGUACGACUGGGCUGCGAAGGGGCCGACGGGCCGGGGACGGUCGCUGGGUUGGCUGUAAUUUCCGUUAUUUGGGGCUGCUUGAUUGUGCCUCCGCUUGGCACCGCCCUUCCUGGCCGGUGGGUGGUUUCGUCAAACGGGCAGAUCCGCCACGGCCCAGCGCUGAACAUAUAGGCCGUCCUCCGACUCUGUACCCGGCCGGCCUUCUACCGUGAACUACACCCUCUCCCUCUUGGUAUAUUAAUGCGUUAUGAGUGGUAGGUACCCUCCCCCCUCUUCGUCUCCACCCCUCUCUCUCUGUCUGACAGAUAGGAGGCUCCAAGCCUCUUUGAUAUUGAUGAUAAGGUUACUGCUUUCUCCUCUACCUUCAUUGAUCACCUUUGUUGUGCGAUAUCUGCAUUUUGAUCCGAUUUUAGUCAGGCAGCUCAGUGCCUAAAUAUCCGUGCCUCAUCCUGGAGCUGAGCACUACUGAGAAAUACUCAUGUGAUCAUGAUAUAACUGGAAAUAAUCUCACUCUUCACUCUCUUUUCAUAGACUCCAAGAAGGAAUCAUCUGGAACUGAAGGAGGGAAAGCAUCGAAAAAGGGGAAAAGUUCUGGAUCACAGGUAAAAGAAAUAAAGAGUUUAUUAAAGUUCAUUACUUUUGCUUUGCCUAGAGGCCAAAAAUGUACUCCCUCCCCUCCCAGCCAGCCAGACACCUCUGGGGGCGUUUCUCUGGUGAAUUUCACUUCCUGCUUCUGUGCAGUCCUGCUGAGCGCCAGCCCUGAGCUUCUUCAACAGGCUUUACAUGGCUGUCACACUUGAGCCACUGUACUUUUGAAUUGUCUCUUUGAAUUAGGGUCACAAUGGUUUAAUUCUGCCUAUGGAUUUAUAUAUAAAAAAAAAAAAACCUAGAGCGUUGGACUUUCACUCUCCAGAAUUUCUAUUUUUAGCAGCUUUUUAGAGGUUGUAUUUAUUUUGGAGAUUAAUUUCAUCAGUGCAUUUACUUCCAAACACAUAUUUUAUCGUUAAACGUCCAUGACAGGCGUUGUUGCUUGGUGAUGCCACGCUAUUGUCACAGCAUCUUGGCUGUUUCCACUCAAGGUUUAGAGGUGUACAGCAUUUAAAAUUUGCCUGCGACCUAGUUCCUUUGAAAGGGAGGAGAGCAAGAGAAGGCGGCAUUUUCUUCCAGUGUUCUGAGAAAAGAGAAAUGUGGUUCUCACACGCCCACCCACUCGCUUCCUGUAAUACCGCCCACUUCCACUGACAGCUCUCUCUCUUUCUCUCAGCUUUUUGUGUUUCUUCUCUGCUGCACUGUUUCUCUCCACCCCUGGCUCUUUUACUAUUUCUCCUCUUUGUUUCAAAUUGUUCAUAGCGUGAGUCUGCAUCAACAUAUCUGCUCUUCCUCCUGUCUUUUUUGCACUUAUAUCUCCUUGUUUUCUUAUGCAAACGAGCUCUCUCCCUCUCUGUGUGUGUUUGUGUGUGUCUGUACACUAACUGGCUUCUCCUCCCUCCCUUGUCACUCCUAUUUCCCUCCUCCCCUCUUUUCCUCUCAUCCUCCCUGAUCUCUUCCUCCAUGUCUCCUCCAGGAUUCCUCUCAGCCCUCUCCGUUAGCUCUGCUAGCGGCCACCUGCAGUAAGAUCGGAGGGCAGGGGGGAGCUGAGGGGGCCCAGGCCCAGACAGGGGCCCAGCAGAUCCAACUGCAGGCGGGUCAGAUCCAGCUGCAGGCGGGUCAGCUCCAGGGUCAGAUAGUUGUGGACACAGCUGGAGGCCAGGCCUUGGUGCCCCAGCAGCUGGAACUGGUCCCAGCUCAAUUCACAGGGAACGGCUGGCAGAUCAUUACAGCAGCACCUGCCAUGGCCAAGGAGAACACCAAUCAGCCUGUUGCUGUCACCGUGGCUACCACCCUGGCCAAUGACAGCUCACCUGGAGGACGGAAGGUUAAAGAGGUGUGUAAGCGGCAGGUUCAUGCAAAUAUUUCUUCUUCACUGUGUGUCGGUGUUUGUUCUCUAAACUACAUCACUGCUUCUUUCCUGUUGGCAGGUGAAGCCGGUGGGCGGGACCAACAGCAUUGCAGCCAAUCAGCAACAGCAGCAGUUCCAGAUUAUCCAGGUUCAGAACCUGCCCAAUACUGGGGGCGGGGUCCAGUAUCAGGUCAUCCCUCACCUGCAGACUGCAGAUGGACAGCAGAUCCAUAUCAGUCAGGCUUCAGCAGCCUCCAUCGGGGCUCUACCAGAGCAGGUCCAGCUCGUCCAGACCCCGAGUCCAAGCCAGCCCCAGGCUAUCCUACAGCCAGCCAACCAGCAAGCCAUCCUGACGAGUACAGCCAAUCAGACAGUCCCGCUGCAGAUCCGACCUGCACAGUCUUUCCCGCUGCAGCUGCAGACCCUGCAGACCCUGCAGGGCUCCCAGACUCCUGUUAUGACCACCUUACCCAUAAACCUUGGUGGCAUGACGCUCGCUCUGCCCGUGAUAAAUAAUGUCGGAGGGGGCGGGGCCGUGCAGCUCAUCCAAUCAGCAGAUGGCACAUUCUCAGUUGCCAAUGGCAACCAGCUAGUGACAACAGCAGUAGCUGGCGCAGCUCCUGCUACAACAUCAGCUGGCACGACAUUGGCAAUAGCUGAAGGUGACAGCGUAUCUGACGGGACUCAAACAGUUUCUGCCUCAUCAGAGGUUGGACCAGCUGACACUCAAGUACAGAGCAGUGAGGCAGACUCUCAGAGCCAGAACCAGUCCAACGGGCUGCAGAACCAGGCAGAGACAGCGGGAACCAUCCAGCAGGUGAUCGUUGGCCAGGUGGGGCACCAGCUUGUGCAGCAGAUCCAGCUGCAGCCUCAGAGUCAGGGUCAGGCCCAGGGCCAGCAACAACCUCAGCACAUUCAGACGCUCCAGCUGGCCCCAGGGCAAACCCUGCAGCCCAUCCAGGCAUUCCAGAACCCGGCCCAGGUCCUUAUUCGUACCCCUACCCUUUCCCCCUCUGGGCAGAUCACCUGGCAAACACUGCAGCUGCCUGGUGGAGUCUCCUUGCAGGGGGGCCUCGGGACUGCUGUGCCACAGCAGCUGACUCUGGCUCCAGUGACCAGUGGGACGACAGUGGGGGGUGGAGGGCUGGUUUCUCUGAGUGGAACCCCACUGACGCUCAGUGCAGCCCAAAUCAACCCAGGGUCUGGUGUUCAGACGGUCAGCAUUGCAGGGCUGGGCGCUGCUGGGGUUCAGGUGCAAGGUGUCCCCCUCACCAUUACUGGUCUACAGGGUAAGUGUGCACCAAAGGUUGCUGAGUGAAUGUUUAGAUUCUGAUCUCUUACUAAUAUAUUUAAAAACAUGAAUAAAGAUGUGGUGGCAGAGUAAAUCUAACAGACACCAAGAGUCUCUUUUUAGUCUCUGCUCUAGUCUUUGGCGUUGCAACCGUUUUUGUCCCACAUUUUGUUAAAUUCAUUCACCCCUUAGGUCAACCACAGGGUCAGGAUGGGGUCAAAGUUCAAUCUUCUCCUGUGACAGUCGCUGUCGGCAAUGUGGCAUCGGGCUCAUCGAUGAGUCCAGACCAGCUGGGCUCAGUACAGAGUUCUUCAGACCAGGAGGGACUGCCCAACAAGAGGCUACGCCGUGUCGCGUGCUCCUGUCCAAACUGCAGGGACGGAGAGGGAAGGUAUAAACACAUUUGUAAGAUACCGAUCUAUACAGAUAUGUGACACAGCUCUGCUUCAGCUAGAACAAGUAUUAUGUAUUUUAUUCUCAAAGAAACUUGGUUUUGGACAAACUUCACAGUGAAGUUUGCUCUUUUUCCGCUCUGACUACAGCGCUCACCGACACCCUAAAUUGGAAGAUAAACAAACCUCAUUGUUUUCCUUGUGUACGUCUCAGCACUUAAAAACAUACCCUGAAAUAUUCAGAUAUGUCUAUAGAAAAUUACUUUUAUAUUUUUUACCCUGUUUUUACUUUAGUGUUUGGUAUAAAGCACCAAUAAGAGACCCAUCUAGACCUCCUUGUAACUCAAGUGUGUGUUGCAGAAACAGUGGAGACCCCUCAAAGAAGAAACAGCACAUCUGCCACAUGGAGGGCUGCGGGAAGGUCUACGGCAAAACAUCCCACCUGAGGGCUCAUCUGCGCUGGCACACCGGCGAGAGGCCGUUCGUCUGUAACUGGAUCUUCUGUGGCAAAAGGUUCACCAGGAGCGACGAGCUGCAGAGACACCGGAGAACGCACACAGGUGAGUGGAGGGUCCAGCUGGUCACACAUGAAGGGUUGGGCUUCAGUAACAAAUGUGAAUCCAGUUUUAAAUUUCAAAGUAUUGAUGCAGAUAGGAGUUAUUUUCUAUCAUUAGUUACUCUCAAAGCUGCUGUAAGGAGUUUUAAAAUACAGUGAAAUUCAUUUUGAUGCCUUGGAGAGUUUAAGGUGAUUUUAAAAGGCUGUUACUGACUCAAAGAUAGUUGGUUAUCAAAGAAAAGCAAAAAAAAAAAAAGUAUCUUUAACUUUGUGCAUGUCUCCAUCAUAUUUCAUGUGUGAACCCCAGGGAACGCAGGAGCUACCUUGGCAGUGGCCGAUGAAAAAUCUGAAUAAAAGAAUAAGUCAACAGCUUGAAUUAAUUAUCUGCAUGUUUUCGUCUGCAGGAGAGAAGCGCUUCGAGUGUCCUGAAUGCUCAAAGCGCUUCAUGCGCAGCGACCACCUCUCCAAGCACAUCAAGACUCACCAGAACAAGAAGGGCGGAGCUGCGGUCGCAAUCAUCACCACUGAUGACAUGGAGGAAGACACGCCUGAAGGCCUGGGCGCCAUCCCUCAAAUUGUUGCCGUGGCGACGCUUUCCCGUGACUCUGACCCGGCUACACCCACCACCUCUAAUCACCUGGAGGAAGAAGAAGAGGAAGAGGAGGAGUUUGAAUAAGCCACCGACUCCUGUCUCUUUGUUGAAGGCUGACUUCCUGUUUUUUGGGAGUCUCUGCAGGGACCGCGAGGGUGGCACCUUUUUUUCUUUUUCUUUUUUUUUUUUAACCUUUAAUUUGACAUCAUUUCAAAAAUGUUGUUGUUGUUGUUCUCUCACAAAGGGACUCAAAUGAGACGGGAUCAUGCAAUGAACAGAAACCGUAAAAUAUAAACGAUUUUGUCUAAAAGAACUAACACAUAUAAUAACAAAACUUAGUGGAAUCUAAAGACAGAUUAGUUUGGCAUUUAUAAAAUAAAUCUAUCAGAAAUCCAUUCCUUGAGAGGGAGAGGAAUUAAAGUGUGUCUAGAUUAGCACAAGACAGGACAACCUGCUGAAUCAAGAACCAUUAAACAUGCAGAGACAUUUUCUUAAUCGCAACAGAAUCUAACUCUAUGCACAAAGUUGUGUUCCUGGUUCAAACCUGUCGGACGGCGCUGAGGGUCAAUCAGAGAUCAGGGACUGUUGCAGAGCGGUGACAGAGCAGAGGCAGUCCUGGGACAGUGUACGUGUGAGUGUGUGCGGCGUCUGUGAGUGAGUGGAUCGUGCUCCCAUGUUGUCAUGGAGAGUAUCUACCUAAUGUGAGGUUUAUUUAUGGUUCAGGUGAAGUCCUCGGAUCAGAUUCAGGUGUCGAACCCUUGGAGACCAGUCUACGGAUAAACUGUUACUGAAGGAAAGGGGGGGGAAUAUUCUAGAAAAACAAAAAAGAAUAGAAAAAAGCACAUAUGAGAAGAUUUAUAAAUAAUGCAUUCCUAUUGAGGCGCAGUGGCCAUUAGAAAAAAAAGGUUUCUAUAGAGAAAAAACAAUCUAGCUUUCUACAACUUUGUUUGUGUAGUGAAGCAAUACUUUAAAGACAAUCUUAGUGAAACCAUGUUUACAUUGUCAGGGGAAGAUUUCUCUGUUAAUAAAACAAGCCAAGAUGAGGGGGACCAUCUGAGAGCAGCGCUGUCGUCUGAACAAAGCCAGUCACUUCGCAGUUACCACAGGGUGGCUUCAACAUCCCAGCUUCAGUCUAUCCAGCGUGACUUUGUGGUUUUUAGUCCGUCACCAUCCUGGAGGUUUGGCGACAGUUUGGUCGGCAGCACCGCUGACGUUUCUUUCUGCUGUCUGCGCUCCGAAAAGGGCAACACCUCUCAAUCUCUGACCCUGCCUGCGUGGCCCGAUGUCCACAAUUGCCUUAACACAAGCUGUGGUACAGAGGAGGGGGUGUCAGGGUCAGGAGGGCGGGGCACAGAGAGGUAAAAGGACCAGGUGGUGAGUGGGUGGGAGCGGGUCGGGUAUUUAGCUAUGUGGAUAUUAUGAGAUGUUUUCUGGUGGUGUUGCUCUGUGUUAGUUCAGUGCGUACAUUCUUUUUGGAUUCAAUGAUAAUUUUAUUUUAGAGAGUUUAUCACUUGUUUUUUAAAAAGUCCCCCUCCCACAUUGUUAACACACAGGACCUCCGUGUGUUGGGCUAAUUUAUUAUUUAUCCUGAUUUGUUCUCUUUGCCUUUUGCUGGACUUGUAUUUGUGUGCGUUGAUUCUGAGGUUGUGUACAGCAUGUUUCAGUUCUUUGCCGUAGUGCUGCUUCUUUCUUCUUUACUCUCCGUGCUUCGAUUUUUCUUUUUCUACGUCCCACCAUUGCUGUUCAUUUCUUCUUCUCUUGCGCCAUAACAUGUUUUUCUCUGAAGAAAUAUAAAUAAAAGAAGAAAGCAAAAAAGCUACUAUUGUUUAAAGUUGAAAAAGGUUGAUACCAAACAAAUUUAGAUGUUUUUGGUAAUAUUUUGUGUGACAACCAACUUUGAUUUCUUUGAUAUUUUGUAGUGACAUCUCAUUUGUAAAUCUUUUUCUAAAAGAUGUUUGUUCGUCUCCAUGACAUUUGAUAAUGGAUUUUUUGCCGGGUUAGCCUCAAAGGCUCCAGUUUGUUGAUAUUUUUAAAACUGGUUUGUACAAACGUGUUAUGUCGAUUAAAAAAAAGGAAAAAAAGAUGAAACUACGCAGAAAACAUUUGCCUGCAUAACACUUGACAAUAAAGUGAUUAAAAAUGAU